AUGUCGAACAGGCUUACGUUCAUAAAUCUAUCCAGCUCUGGAGGAGUCAAUCUCGGUAAGGAUGAGGACACCAAAUCUCGAGUGCGGUCUCAGGUAAUGAAGAACUUGAGGAGGAAACAGAGACUCGAGGACAAGCUGAAGUUCGAAGAAGCACAAGCCGCCUCAGGCAGUACAUCCUUGUCGCGAAAGUCAUCACCCAGCGCCUCAGAAGAUAAAGGAUGGGCCCAAGCCAGCCUUUUUCAUGAGCACCUGGGUCCAGGCGGCCAGGCGGUGUCAGCUUCGUCAUCGCGAGUUAUCGACGCUCCUCUUACUGUGACACAUGCACGACGGCCGUUGUCGAGCGAGUCUCCGAUUAUGCGGCAGUACCAGCUCACCGACAGGGCUUCUCGGUCACGCGAUCGGUCAUCAUACCAACAGCAAUGCAGUACAAGGGCAAUGAUCUCAAAUCUGCCUGCUUCCUUACAUGGAUGGCAAGCCGGUGGGGAGACCACGUCGUCAACGGAACCCGAGCAGUUCCAUAAGCUUCUCUAUACAGUGGAGUCUUAUGUUCGGUUCCUGUCUGAACCAUUGAUACUUACGUUUCCCGUGGACUACAAGGGUCCGGGGGGCACUUCCAAGCUAAAGGCCUGCUUUGAAGAGAAUGCCUCAAAUGAGUUGGUGCUCUUUACCACACAUCUCGUCCACCUGGGUCACACCACCGCCAUCAAAUUCCUUGAAGAGAACGUUCCUAUCUGUGUCUCCGCCAAAGCUAAAGCUCUCAAUCACUUGCAGCAAUCUUUACGGGAAACGGUUCUGGACCCUGAUCCCUCAUUGAUCGGAGCUGUCCUUUUAGUUCUCUCCUUUGAGAUGAUCAGAGGAAGCAACGCGAUCCCUGUUCACUACGCUGGUUUGUUGAGACUUCUCGAUCUACAGAGCAAGAGUGUAGAGGUGUCCUGGCACGCUGCGGCUCACGCCUUAUUACCUGCCUUGAUUGCAUGUGAUCUUAUACUUGCGGCAACUUCGCCCGACCGAACCCCUGGAAUCGUGAAGCUAGAACUACCCCUGUUGUAUCCUUUGAGUGCCGAGGCAGGAGCUGGAUUCUAUCGAAGCUCGCCGCUGAUGCUUGUCGAAAGCUUCGAUCACCUACGUUGUCUUUACCGCGGUGUUCCCUCGGCCUUUGUUGAUGUUCUAAGCCAGGCUUUUCAAUCAACUCAGACUCAUCUAUCAGCUCCCGGGAUACGUCAAUCUGCGAAGCACACUCAACGUGAGGACGGGUUGUCGAGAUCUGCCACAGUGACGGACACUGUGCCUUACCAUCCACGACCCUCUGCAUGUUCCGGUGUCUUGUUUCCAACCAGUGUCCACCAAGCAGUGCUUCUAGCGGCAACAAUCCACUUUCGUGCAACUAGGCUAGGGAUUCCCUUCGAGAGUCCCACGAACCAAGGUGAUGCUAGGCAGUUGGGCCAACUGUUGAAUGAGAAUCCUCUGUCAGCUUGGCGUGGGAUUCCCUACAUCUAUCUGUGGAUAUUGCUUACGGGGGCAGCCGCUGCACAAUUCCAUCCAGAAAGGCAAUACAUGAUGGCAGAACUGGUUAGGUUCGGCUUCAGUGUAGCACUGGAGCACGUGGACGACUUCAAACGUGAGUUGACAGCCAUGACCGAUGCACAUGGCAUCUUCCUUUUCUCGAAGUGGUUGACUCACGGGAUAUCUCCAGAGAUCCUUACGAACUUCAUUUGGUUGAGACAAGGUCUGCCGUCUGUGUAG